AUGGAGAAGUUAAACUUGACCGUAUCGAUCAACAGCAGCUCGAACGAAAACCUGCCCAGAAGGCUGACGUUCUCAAUGUUCAGUAUCCUAAUUCUGACGUUGCUGGUAAUGCUUAUAAUCGCGACUUUUUUGUGGAACCUGUUGGUGCUCGUGACUAUACUGCGGGUGAAGACGUUCCACAGAGUGCCUCAUAAUUUGGUGGCAUCGAUGGCGGUGUCCGAUGUGAUGGUAGCGGCUCUUGUGAUGCCCCUUAGCCUAGUGAACGAGCUGUCAGGGAGGAGAUGGCGUUUCGGAAGAGUCCUCUGCGACGUGUGGAUUUCGUUCGACGUCCUGUGUUGCACCGCUAGUAUAUGGAAUGUCACCGCCAUAGCCCUUGACCGCUACUGGUCCAUCACGCGCCACUUGGAAUACACGCUAAAAUCAAGGAAGAAAAUAUCCACUAUCAUGAUAGCCGUGACAUGGGUGCUGUCAGCAGUGAUCUCUCUGUCGCCGCAGUUCGGAUGGGGUGAGACGUAUACCGCAGACGAGGAGAACUGUCAAGUUAGCCAGGAACCGUCCUACACCGUGUUCUCCACUUUCGGGGCAUUUUAUAUGCCCCUCUCUGUCGUUCUGUUUGUAUAUUGGAAAAUUUAUAAAGCUGCCAAACUCCGGAUUGGGAGCCUCAAAAGGAACGAAGUUAUCCCCAUGCCAGUUGUCGUACAGGUGAAGGAGGCCUCCCACGAGCCCCAAGUGGCGUUCUCAGCGCGGCAUGCGGGUGUGGCCUUCCAGACGGACGGUGAGACGUGGCGUGAGCAGAAAGAGCGGCGGGCAGCGCUGACAGUGGGUCUCCUCAUCGGCGUCUUCGUCCUCUGCUGGAUCCCCUUCUUCGUGACGGAGCUGCUGGGGCCUCUGUGCUCCUGCGGUGUGGUGCCCCCGCUCUGCAAGAGCAUCUUCCUGUGGCUCGGCUACUCCAACUCCUUCUUCAACCCGCUCAUCUACACCGCCUUCAACAAGAGCUACAACAGCGCCUUCCGCAGCCUCUUCACCAAGCAGAGGUGAGCUGCACCAGGCCCCGGUGCUGGCCUGACACCAGGCCGACGUGAAGCCCAAUGUUAGCGCAACCUCAGC